GGGAAAACGUUGCGCAGGUUCAAAAAUGGAACGUCGGCGGCGUGAGGGAGCACUAGGGGGUGUGCGCGCGUGCGCGUGCGCGCCCGCACGAGCCUGACGGGGUCCUGGCCGUCCCGAGCAUCGCGCGCAGUCGUCGCGGCCCCGCAGCUCCACCCCUGUCCCGGCCCGGUCCGGUCCCGGGCCCACUCGCCCGCCGCCCCGCAUGGAGCUGUCAGCCAUAGGCGAGCAGGUGUUUGCGGUGGAGAGCAUCCGGAAGAAGCGCGUGCGGAAGGGCAAAGUUGAAUAUCUGGUGAAGUGGAAAGGAUGGCCCCCCAAGUACAGCACCUGGGAGCCAGAGGAACACAUCUUGGACCCUCGCCUUGUCAUGGCCUACGAGGAGAAGGAGGAGAGAGACCGAGCCUCGGGGUAUAGGAAGAGAGGUCCGAAACCCAGGCGGCUGCUGCAGCGGCUGUACAGCAUGGACCUGCGGAGCUCCCACAAAGCCAAGGGCAAUGAGGAGCUCUGCUUCUCUCUAGCGCGCCCACUCGGCAGCGGGAGCCCCGAGGGGUUGGUCAAGGCUGGGGCCGCUGAGCUGGUGGAGAAGGGCCCCUUGGUGCCUACCCUGCCCUUCCCGCUCCGCAAGUCGCGCAAAGCCCACAAGUACCUGCGGCUCUCGCGCAAGAAGUUCCCGCCACGCGGGCCCCACCUGGAGAGUCACAGCCAUCGACAGGAGCUCUCCCUGCAGGAAUCAGCAGCCCCAGAAGUCUCGCAGACCACCGGAGACUGGGAGCCUAUGGAGCAGCAGCCCCCUGAGGAGGCGGCUACAGCAGAAGUCGACCUGUCCAACGAGCCUCCUCCCUGGACACCCUCGCUCCCCUCAAGUGAAGUUACCGUGACUGACAUCACCGCCAACUCCAUCACUGUCACCUUCCGCGAGGCUCAAGCCGCCGAGGGCUUCUUCCGGGACCGCAGCGAGAAGCUGUGAAUAGCGGCUUCCCUUCUUAAAACUGUGUUUCUUGGGGCUUGGGUGAGGAUUUCCAGAGAUAGGAGGGGCUGGGAGCAGGGUAAAUAAUUUAUUUUUUUAAAAGCAGAAGCAUGGACAAGACCCCCAGCACACCACCCUUGCUCCCUGACGGUUGUUUACAAAGAGGCCCCUGGGACAGGGUGGGAAGGCCAGUGCUGGCUGGGUCUCAUCUCCUGGGCACAUGGGGACAGGCUACCCUGCCCAGUACGCCUCUGUCAUUAUCUUUCAGAGGCUGAUCCGUGGUGGAGUCGGAGGAGCCCAGGAGGUCCAGACCUUGCCUCAAGCAGUCACCCCAGCUUUCUGGUGGUGUCCCUCCCUGUCCCUUGACGUGGGUCUUUACUAUGAACUUUCCACUUCAGCCUUGUGGUGGGACAUGGAGGCUGGCCUUGGCCACCAGGGACAGGAUCAGGACAACGGGCACGGGCUGGACCAGGGAAGAGGCUCCUCACUGACACCGAGCCUCCUCGGAGUGUGUUGUCGCCCUGCCAUUGGCCUGUGUAGAGAUGCCCGUGAACACAUCCAGCCACCCCAACUUGCACACACCAAAUGUGUGUUCACACCUGCCCCGCGUCUAUAGACCUGUCCCCGUGGACUUUUCACACCUUUAGAAACUGACCAGUUGAACAAGGCACCAUUCACAGCACAAACGGACUUGCCACGGUGCCCUUGCUCCACCUUGCACGUAGGUCACGUGACAGGAUCCGUCUCCGUUGGUUUAUGGCUGUCGGCUGUAACCAUGGAGCCACCUAUAGGACCAGGCUUUGGUGUGCAAGGUGCAGAUGCUUCCACACAGGCUCACAGACACCUGGCCCACCCUUCCUCCCUUCCGCAGGAGUUCACAUUCUUUCUGACUCAGGUGACUUUCCAGCUCCGCCCCAAUUUCUCUGCCCUCUCCUGCGGCUCAGCUGAUCUGGGCACCCAUGGGUGCCAGUGGUGUUGGGCAGUCAGGGAGGGAGUGUCCCACCACUUUCUCAGGGCAGUCCUUGUCUUCUGUGUCCCCUCCCCACCCAAUGUCCCCUCCCCACCCAACCCUAAUGGCAUGGCUAAGGAUGGAUGACCCCUCCCACCUUGUGGGGGUUGAACAUGAGUCAGGUUGCACAUAAGUGUGUGGUCCCAAUUGUGUGUGUAUGUGGGGGGGAGUUGCUGGUUUGCACAGGCGCCCUAUAGGCUGACAGCUUCCUACCUGAGGACAGACCCCUCAUCGAGAGUGCAUUGCUCACGCACCCCCUGCUACCAUAUGAACCUAUAUGGCUGGGUCCUAGCAGCUACCAAUUCUGCUGCGUCGUUAGGAGGCCAGCAGAGUCCGUAUGAACAAGGGCAAGAUGACUUCUAGACACUCGCGUUCCCAAACCAAAGAUCCUGCACCCUGUGUCUCCCUGCGACUCUGUCCUCUACCUUCUCUAGUCCCUGGUCUCCCCCUCCUUUAUUCUUAAUCGUCCAGGGUUAGCUCAGUGCUUCCAUUGGGGCAGUCUUCUGUGGGUGACCUGAAUCUAGAGGAUGUCUGGGUGGGCCAGGGAAAGGAGAGACGGGAACCUCAACCAAUGGGCUGCAGGAACCUGGAGGUGGGGAGACGUCUGGUGUUCUUGAAGCCCCAGCUCCUGGAGAGAAGGUGAGGGUAGGUGGCUGAGGUUUUUCUUUGCUGCUGGGUUUGAUGACCCACAAUAUUGAGGGACAGAAUCCCGUUGAUGUCACGCUCCCCAUCCCUAGGGGCAUGGGGGAGGCGCUUUCCAAGCAGCUAUCUUCUGUCUUUAGCAGUCGGCGGUCCCCUUUUCUCUCACCGGGCCCUUUAUGAAACCCACCAGUCCCUGGAGAUUGUGGCCUAGGCUGGGUAUUCCUCAGGGUAACCAUGGACUUCUGAACUGCUGGGAACUGGCCGCCUAGGGAGAAUGGCUGAAGGCUUCGAGUGGCUAUACACAGGCUUCUCCCAGCCUGAAGCUACCCAAGUGGACAGUAACACACACCCCCUCCACCCACAUACACACACUAACCCCAUACAGGGCCAGUACUCCACGAGCCAGGAAUAGUGGCCACCUGCCUAUCUUAACUUCGCCCCACCCAUUUGAAUGUAGAGAUUGGGUUGGACUUUCCCUCCCUGGGUUGGGGUGAAGAUGUGCCUCAACCUCUGGUGUGGACACUUGUGCAGUGCCACAGUUGAGCCCAUUUGGCCCACGUGGUUCUCAUCUGGUAAGAUGGUGAUCUUUUUGCCAAGUUCCUUUCACCUCCUGCCUACUGAGGAAGAUCGGUGUCAGCGAGGUGGUAUCAAUUUUGCUUUAUAAAUGGCGGACCAUACCUGGCCGCCAGGUCUUGGCACAAGACCGCUUCCUUUGCACAUAGAAUGAGCUACAAGCUUUGUUCAGACGACCUGAAUGUAUUGGGAGGAAUCGGGCACAGGUUUUCCCCCAGGGGGAGUGUGCUGGGAAGAGUGAGCAGGUGUAGACUGCAGUUUUAUUUUUGUACUGAUAUUGGUAAGACUGUAUCACAUCUAUUUAUUUAGAUGAUUUAUCUGGUAGAUGAGGCAAAAAAUUAUUAAAAAAAUACAUUAAAAUGA